AAUAAUAAUAAAAAUAGAAAUAAAAUAUCCAAAAAGGGUAGAAUAAUUUAAAAACAAAAAAGGAAAGAGAAAUUGAGCGAUUCGAGGUGGAGAUAUUCAAAUUAGUUACAGAGCAAAAAAGUGAAAGUGGAAAGAGCGUUGAAUCGAGUAAUUCGAUUGCUUCGCUUUACAGACUGAUAGAGGAAGAGAGGGACACAGAGAGAGUAGCGAGAGUUGGUUUUCUUUGUGAAGAAAGUAGGAAGUGAAAACAGACACAAUUAGGGUAAAAUCUAGGGUUUAGGCGAAGAUGACGGAUGUGAUACUUCACAUAUACGACGUGACGAAUAGUGGAUCGGACAAGACCAACAACACUAUCAUGCAAAUCAAUAAGAUCUUCAAAGACGGUAUUGGCGUCGGCGGUAUCUUCCACAGCGCUGUUCAGUUAUAUGGCGAUGAAGAAUGGUCUUUUGGGUUCUGCGAACAUGGAUCAGGAGUUUUUAGCUGCCCAUCUGGAAAGAAUCCAAUGUAUACAUAUCGCGAAUGUAUUGUCCUUGGAAAAACAAACUUUUCAAUCUUCAAGGUGAAUCAGAUAUUGCGGGAACUUAGUCGAGAGUGGCCUGGAAGUUCAUAUGACUUGUUAUCCAGAAACUGCAACCACUUUUGUGAUGAGUUGUGCGAAAGACUUGGUGUGCCAAAGCUUCCAGGCUGGGUUAAUCGUUUUGCCAACGCUGGUGAUGCUGCCAUGGAAGUAGCGGGAACCACUGCAUUACGGUUGAGACAAGCCAGGACAGAGAUUGUCUCGGCUAGCAAAGUGGCUUAUCGUUUCCUUCUGGGUGUUGCUAACAAUGGUAAUGGCAACAGCAAUGGGCCUGUUCCUGAUUCCCCAAGCAAUUUAAUCAGAGGGACACCUAGAUUUCAAGCAACUUGGUUUAAAAAUCUCAUCACUACUGGCGCUAAACCUUCAAGUAGUUCAGAUAUUGAGAAUAACGAGGGGGAUACCCCAUCCACAACAGGAGCAAAGUCCAUCAGAAGUCCUACCGCAACUGAAUCUACAUCGUGAUAUAGGAGGAAACUU